UUGUUCCAUAAAAAAAAACACAUGUUGUAAUUCUAAUUGUAAGACAGCAGUUCAAGACACCGCAACUUGAUCCUCAAUAUGUGUCCCUUUCUCUUUCUUUUUCAUUCCAGCUGCGCCUAACUAAACAAGCAUUUAUAUAUAUCGGCUACUCUUAUUCAUCUUUAUACCUUCUCAACAUUUUCACAUCUUCAUUUCGUCUCUCUCUCUCUCUUUCAAUAUUCUCUUUUGAAAAGAUGAAGAGGAAUUGCAACUUGGAACUCUGCCUUUAUCCUCCAUACACGUUUGAAGAAGAAAAAGAUAGUGAUAAGAGUUCAAUGCAAAAUGAGCAACAGCCACUGACCAUUUUCUAUGAUGGCAAGAUGUGUGUUAUUGAUGUCACCGAGUUUCAGGCCAAAUCAGUCUUAACGAUGGCAAAUAAAAAAGUGGAAGAAAUAGUGAAGACACCAACAGGAUCAGAGCCAUCAACACCAACAACAGUAGAAUCUCCUCAUCAAUUGUAUAGCCCUGGUCAUGCUCUUUCAAUGAAAAUGUCUUUGCAACGGUUUCUACAAAAGAGAAAAAAUAGGAUCCAACAAGCUUCUCCAUAUAAUCAUUAGCAAAAUCAAAUUAGUUUGUCCUUUUUUUACUAUAGGCUAUUUAGAAUCAAUUAUUUUCUUCUUUUGUAUUACAGUCUUGUAGGGUUUCAUACAUUUUCAUUUUUUCUGUUAUUAUUCAUUCAAAACUAGAAAAUUUGAAGAGCAUUCUCAA